UUCUUGUGUUUUCUACUCAAAUGAAUAUGUGCUCAAAUACCAAAACUAUUCAAAAUUGAACUAGAACCAUUUGUCUUCUCGCCUAGAACCGUUGAUGUAUUGGCACACGCACCUUUCCUUAACAAGCGUGGCACCCUUUUUUGAUCUUUUAUUUUCCUUACCCGUUGGUAAAAUUGCCAUCCUUAGGUGCGGCACAGCUAAUGUCAUUUUUGUCACAGUAAAUCGGAGUUUUAUUGCAGAUAAAAAACGGUGCCUGUAUAUUUAGAGAUAACAAGCCAUUCUCACACAGGCACUCAUGUCAAACACAUAAGCACCGUUUUAAUCUAUGCCUAGAACCAUUUGUAAAACACACAUGCACCCUUUUAAUCUAUGCCUAGAACCAUUUGUAAAACACACAUGCACCCUUUUAAUCUAUGCCUAGAACCAUUUGUCAAACACACAGGCACUCAUGCCGAAAAUGAUUUUUGUUGAAUAUUUUGCAUCAUGGUUUUUAUAUUUUUAUUAAGAAUAGUGAAAACUAAUACAUGUGGACAAAUAUUAUUCUAGCUAGAAGGGAAUACUAGCAGAUGAGACCUUAAUUGGCUAUUGACUGAAAAACAUUUAUGAUAGCAGCUAGCCUCUCCCUUCUGUUUUUAUUUUUAAAUUCUUCCUUAGUUUAAUUACUUCUCACUCACAGUCGGUAUGAACAAUCGAUUUAGUUAGCAGUGGUGGACGUUUAGUCUGAAUGCGUUAUUGGAGGGAUAUUAACCUAAAAGUAAUGGGUACAUAUAAUCUUAUUUAGGUCAUUUAAUCUGAAUAUAAAUCAAUGUUAUUUGUAGGACUACCAACCAUGUCGAGAGUAUAUAUACUUAUUACUGCUUGUAUGAUUAUUUUGUCUGAGGCCAAGUCCUAAUUUAGUAGGGAGAAAAUAUGUUCUUGUAUGGGUUGGCACAUGUGAUUUUGGAGAGUCACAUUUGUGCAUCUAAUCAUAGAUGUGCGGAAUAUGACCAAUUUAAUAGUUAACUCUUAUAGAAUGUUUGUCACUUCUGACUGGCCAUAUGCCUUUGUCUGGUAUUAAUUGCUGAAGAGAGUGCUGAUACUCAAAGUAAAGACACGACCAAUGAUUAUGUCUAUGUUUCCAGGAGUUCUUAUGUACAAAGUAAAAAAAUUAUAAUUGUUCUCAAGUGAAAACAGAGCCAGCAACAACAGUCUUUUGGAUCGGAGGCGAGGGAAGUAUGGACAAUGUGGCUUAUGUGGACAAUCCUCCGGAUCCAUUCAACUUUUUCUUCAAUAGAAGCUUCAAGUUUGGAGGGCCGAAUUUCUAAUGAGGAGGGAACAGAACUGCUGCGUUUAGCUCCAAGUUUCCUGCAUUAUGAACGACGAGAAUGGCCUAAUGUAAGAACUUUGGUUCUUGCGUUGGUAUCUGUUCAGAAGGAUGUCAAGUCUCCAUCUUACAAUCUGAUGGAUAAACCCCAUGAUGGUGCAUUUACCUUUUGGUCGAUCCAUCUUUCACCUCUGCACCAGAAAGGACCUUACUGCAAUAUGUGGAAUUCUAGAGUCAACUGGCUAGAGAUGAUGAGGGAACUGCAAAUGAGGGUGGUUCUAAGAUCCGUGAAGCUUAUCUCAUAUUCCAGGACUUUUUUGCGGAUGCUGAAACUGUAUUCGCGGCUCAACACCUGCAUCCCAUGGAUUUGCCUUCUCUGAACUUGUAUUCAAUGCACCGGACAGAAAUAAACUGAGCACCGUUUCACCUUCAGAGUAGGCACGGCUAAAUUUGAUGGGCUUUUUUCUUUGCUUCUCUAAUGUUAGUGAUUAGUGGAGCAUAGAUGAAGUGAAUAUAGUGUUGUUCUUGAUUGGUUUUCUCAUAAAUGUGGAGCAUGUGCAAUUUUAUGGCACUGAUUUGGUUUAUGGCACCGUCGGGGAAUGAACUGAGCACGGUUUGUGAUUCA